AUCAAUAAGCACAAAGUGAGCAAACUAUUUCCCAUUCAAUCUUCUUUGGCCCGGUGGUUGGUGGCAUUGUGGGCGGAGCAAUGGCCGGAAAACAGGUCGGCGGCGAGGGCCUAUCGGUAAACCUGGCUGGAAUGUCGAAGAACCAGCUCUACGAUAUCAUGUCUCAGAUGAAGAGUUUGAUCGAACAGAACCAGCAACAGGCCAAGCAGAUCCUAAUCCAAAACCCCAUGUUAACCAAAGCGCUUUUCCAGGCACAAAUUAUGCUUGGAAUGGUGCAAGCACCUCAAACGGUUCCAAAAGUUCAGCCAAUGGUUCCGCAGAACAAUCUGCAGUCAGUACAACCAACACAAAAACCAAAUAUUCAGCCUGCUCCAUUAUUGCCUGGGCUUGGUGGUGCACAGGAUCAAGCAGGUGUAUCUCAAACCCAGAUUCCUCUGAGGAAACACCAGAACCAACCUUCAGUGCCAGUUUCAUCUGCUGUUCCUGCAUUGAGUCAUCAAUCUCAGCCCAUGGCUGCACAAUCUUUGACAAUGCCACAACAGCCUAAAGGACAUCUGGCUCCCCAAGUGGCUCUAGCGUCUCUUCCACAAUCAUCACAACUUCCAAACAUACCUUCGCCUUCUCUUCAUUCAUUGUCACAACCUCUUCAUCCAACUCAAAUGUCAACUGCUUCCAGUCACUUACAGCAUCCAUUGCUGACACCUGGAUUUCCACAUAUGUCUCUGCCACCACAGAUUAGACAACCUGCAAUGCCAACCUUCCAUCCUCAAUAUCCCCCUCAAAUGGGUGCAAACUUAGGUUUUCAACAUGCUGGUGCUUCUCACAAUCUUUCGCAGUCCAUGUUUCAUCCAGGCACAAAACCUCCUGCUAGUGUUGGAUCCACAUUCCCACAGGGGCUUCCAAGUCAAAAAUCAUCUCAGCCACCUUAUCAGGUUGGAAAUGUUCCUUCAGGGCCCGAGUUUGGCAAUCAAGCUGGAAAUGCUAUGCAAGUGGACAGAGGGGCUUCUUUGAUGCCCGGUCCCUCAGAUAACCUAGCACAUCUUUCUGGUCCUCCUGGACCUCCAUAUGUAGUUUCUGGUCAGAUGGGUGCUGCUAAUCAGCCUCUUCGGCCUCCUGCGUUGACACCAGAUAUGGAGAAGGCACUGCUUCAACAGGUCAUGAGCCUCACACCGGAGCAGAUAAAUCUCCUUCCUCCAGAACAACGAAAUCAAGUGCUGCAGCUACAACAGAUGUUGCGUCAAUGAUGCAAUACGCAUACACACCAUGGAAGUUAGGCAAUCUUUAAUCCUUCCAGUUUGGCAGAGAUUGUUGUGCAUAUAUAUCCAAAUUAUUGGCCUGCCAAGUUCUGGAGAAAUUAAUACAAGUUCGUGUAACAAAUUGUAGACAAUAGCAUUAUUUUCUUCUGGAAUUUGGCUCCAAUUAAAUAUCAGCCUUUAGUUGUUGGAGCUAUUUGCAAAACUUCUCACCAUAUUCCAUAUUUUAUUGUUAAUUGGUUAUCCAUAUCUACAAUGCUUGUCUAUCUUUAUAUACUAUGGCAUGAUGGAAGGAUUCUUAUU